AUGCCACCAUUUCCGGGCGAAGAGACGCUGGCUACGGUAUAUGUCGACCUCCACUCUUACUUCACGGCUCCCUCACCCCGGCCAGCCCUCCAUCGCUUCGACAAAGCCUCCUACUUCUACGUCUACUACAAUUCCACGAGACAGACAAGUCGCAUAGAGGCCGCGAUCAACCCCGGCACUCCUGAUCAGACUGCUUUUAACGGCUUCCUUGAUGGAGUCAAGGUGAUCAAUUCUCACAGAUUUCCGACGAGAGUGACGCUCGUUGUUGACGGAGACAAUGCGGCGGCGACUUCUCCUUCGUCUCCCCGUUCAGGAAGAGACCCAGAUGAAUGGCGUCUCGCCAGCUCGGAUCCCCGAGAUCCAGGAACCUCCAAAUACAGAAUUCACACCAUUGAUGCUUAUUUCUGGAAUCAGGGUGAUUCCAAGUUGAUCAUGGACAUUUUCAAGAGGCUGCUGCAACCGCGACAAUUGGACAUUGAUGAUGAUGCGCAUGAGGAGUCGGAUCACCAUGACAUGGUCAGCCCGGUGGUGCAGAACCUGGAGAAUGUGGCUAUAUCCGAUCCAGCAUACAAGCAGCAGCAACAUGACUCUCCAUCAAUCCAACACACCCAUCCCGUUCAGUUGCCUCCUGCUCCCCCGCCUCCAGCCACCUCUCAGGCUCCUCCGCACUCUCAAGCAGCAUCGGCAUCACCAAUCUCAGUCACUGCCAGCGUUGGCGGAAGGCCCUCAACUAAAGAUCCACAACCCGCCACAGACUAUACCCCCCUCGCGUACAACCCAGCAGCACCAGCGGCGCCAGAACCUAUCGCCCAUAGAGAGGAUACCCCUCCUCCGGUCGACGCUAGUGACGGGACUGGGCUUGCUGCGGCAGCAAGACAUGACAACCCCUACGUUCCCCAGCAGCCACCUCAAGCUUUCGUCGGCUCCCAAGCUGCGCCGCCCAGUGCGUAUGGACACUACGGCGCCGCACCGCAGCCAUCGUUUGGACCACAUGCCAGCACUACCUCUCCUGUGCCAUCUUUUGGUCCUCAAGCAACGGCAACGGUGUCGCAAUCUUUUGGACCGCACGCAGCUUCGACGCCACUCCAGACCUCUCCGCGGGCAUCUGUAUCAACGAAUUUCGGCCCGCCACCGACUAGUGCGGCCGGCUCCGACAGCAGCCGUCACCCGUCGAUUUCAACAGCUGCUCAGACAUAUGCUCCCCAUGGACAGGAUCCAAACGCCCACAUCUUCGGCCAACAGAACGUGCAAACACCGGGCACACAGUUCUACCAGUCUAUCAACGGGCUGCCCCAUAAACCACUCCAACAUGUCCAGCCGCAGUACCCGGACUACCUGGCCGCCGGCAGCCAAGCUCCGGCCCCUGCUCCCCCCCUUGGAGGGUAUUCGAGCUACAAUUAUGGGCAGCCACAACAACCUCAGCCCGCUGCCGGAACUUAUGACAUUCACUCUCAAGUCUACCGACCGACUGAGGCGGAGCACCACUCGCAUCAUCAUAAACCGCCAAAGAGCUCAGGCUCACAACCUAAGCCGUCUCACACGGAGAAGAUCGAGAAGGGCGUUGGGAAGUGGAUCAAGAAGAUCGAAAAGAAUUUCGGUUGA